AUGCCCGUACCACUAGACGUCGAUCAUGACGUAUCAGAAAGGUGGGCUGGAUGCGAAACCUGUCACGCCAUCUGGCAACGGCUCACCAGCGAACAGCCAGUAGUUGGUAAUGUCAGCCUCGGGUCAUUCGGUAAAGCACUAUCCACUCCCUGCCAUCGCCACAAACCCCUGAUCCAAGCAUUCUAUGAGUACACCGGAUAUAAAGACGAGGAGGGCUACGACGUAUCCACUUCCAAGGAUGUGGGGUUCUGGCCUGGUGGUGAAGGGCACCAUGUCCAUGUAACUGAGUCUGUGUCUUCUUACGGCUUCUGCUGGAGUGUUGCUCUGGUCAACAACAACUCUUUGCCAAACCACCCUGGUACCGUUCGCGUUUUAGACCCGGAUUGGGCGGAUUUGGACGUUUUAGCUACGUGGAAGCAUGCGUGUAUCUCGUCCCAUGGUGCUGCUUGCCAUAACCCUCUGAGGAUCUGGCAUGCAAGACCAGCUUGGUUGAUCGACGUUGAAAGAGAAUGCCUCGUUCCAGGGAACAUCGAGGGUAACUACGUGGCUUUGAGCUACACAUACGGCGAUCAAAUUGGACGCUUGAUCGAUGUUGCCGUGCGAGAAAGGCUUCAAGUCCCCCCUGCAUUGAAGGAUCCUAGCCUUUCAGAAUACAUCCCGGCGAUUUUACGCAAAGCAAUCUAUUUGACCUCGGCGAUUGGAGAGCGGUACCUUUGGGUCGAUGCAAUUUGCAUUUGUCAUGAAAAUCAAAAGUCAACUAUUAACCAGUUGCGACUUAUGGGAGCCAUCUAUGCAAAUGCAAUUGUCACCAUUGUAGCGACUGAUGGUGAUAUAUUGACGGGCUUGGCGGGCCUCAAGGGCGUCUCAGAGCCUCGCCAGUUGGAGCAGAAAGUCAUCCCUUUUGGAGAUGAAAAACUACUUUUUCGAGAUAACCUUAGCUUCGAAAUGGAAGCCUGGAGGCCGUACUAUGAACGAGGCUGGAUCUUCCAGGAGCUCAGACUAUCUGCUAGGAAGAAUAUCUUCCAGGGAAGUAAAAUCCACUGGAAAUGUCAAUGUACUACCUGGUUCGAGGAAUCCACGCCAAGUAUCAAAGCGGAACUGAGAUCCGACUUGAACAAUCAGUUUAAGGUUCUCUUGGCUGGAUUCUUCGAUUGGGGGACCUUCAAUUUGCUCGUGUCAACGUACAACGACCUAGUGCUUAGGUACGAUGAGGACGCCCUACCAGCUAUCUCGGGAUAUCUGUCCAUCUUGAGUCGUGUCUUCAAGGGCGGCUUCUUAUAUGGAAUACCAGAAUUGAUGUUCGAGCGUGGGCUCGGUUGGAAGCCAACUUUCCCCACUUGCAAUCUGAAAAGACGUAUUCGCUCUUCUAGGUCACAUGAUAGUCAGUUAACACCUUCUGGUCUCCCUUCCUGGUCAUGGAUCGGAUGGGAAGGGAUAGUGCACUCAGGCUAUAACGAAGCCACGCGAGUUGGAAUAAGAGGCACGAUUGAGGAGAGUACACCCAUCACCGAAUGGUACACAAGCCACUCUCCACACGACCCAACUGAGAGGUGGCGAAGAAUUAAAAGGUCAUGGUAUGAGAACAGGGAUGGCUAUAAGGACUUUACAAAACCUUUGCCUCCUGGGUGGAUACGUCACAAUGCUCCCGACAAAGCACCUGGAGACAAUGGACCUCAUCUAUACCCCGACGGGUGCGACAAGCAUGUUUUUCAACAUAAGUCAAUGCCUCAUGACGAAAUCUCGACUACAUCUUCAAGGAAUUGGUAUUAUCCGUUUCCGGUACUCGAGGUAGAUGAGUCAACACAGCCUGAUAUGCCUGAGCAAACAGAGUAUCUCUUUUGCAAGACAGAUAAAGCCCAUCUCCUAGGAUUCCAGAAGGAUGAUGAAGGGAACGACGUAAUUCUCUACAACAUUCACAACGAAAAUGUUGGAUUCUUAAACUUGGUGAACGAAGAGUUUCUAAGCCGCUUUCCUAGGCUCCAGACAGAAGACAAAACCAGCGCAGGCUUGCUUGUCGAGUUGGUGGCGGUUUGCAAAGUCAGGAGCUAUUCUAAGACCUGGAAUGAAUGGGAGAAGGUUUAUGAUAAUCCUGUGUCGAUUGAGGACACAUAUCUCGUGCUUUGGGUUGAAUGGGAAGAUGGAAUUGCGUAUCGCCUUGCAAGCGGGCAUGUAAAUGUCGAGGAGUGGGACAAGCUGGAUUUAGAGACAAUAUCGUUAGUACUAGGGUAG